GCGCAGCUUUGCCAGAUGCGUUUUCCUUGGCCGGUUUGCCCUGGGUGAAAUACAUGGUGUCUUUAGGCGCAAUCUGUGGAAUGACCACCACUCUGUUUGGCUCCCUGUUUGCCCUUCCCAGAUGUAUGUACUCAAUGGCCAUUGAUGGACUACUUUUUGGGUUUCUUGGCAAUGUGAACAGCAAAACUCAAAUCCCACAGGUGAAUUUAGUGAUUUCGGCAUUUGCAUCCGCAGUCAUUGCGCUUCUAUUUGACCUGGAAAAACUGGUUGAAUUCAUGUCGAUUGGCACUCUUUUGGCUUAUACCAUCGUGAGUGCCAGCGUGAUCAUUUUACGGUAUCGACCCACAUAUGAAAUAGCUGCAAGCAAACCGCUGACGUCGCCAGGCUCGCAAAUAUCCGCCUCAACUUCAGAACUUACCACUCCAGCUUCAGAGCUGAUCAAUUUAACUGGAACGCUACGCGUACAGUACAGCUGGUAAGCGACUUGCUUAAUGUA